AUGUCCCUGGUGGCGAACAUCAGCGAGAGUGAGCGGAUCUUCAUCAACCACGGCGUCGACCUGAACAUCCGCUCCGACGGCCGCUCCUGCACCGACUUUCGCAACAUUCUGCUGGAGCAGGGCGUCAUUGAGACGUGCAACGGCUCGGCCCAUGCUCGCUCCGGAAACACCGACGUCCUCGUGGGCAUCAAGCUGGAGCUGGAGGAGGUGGCUGACGUUGAUACCUUUGCUGACGCUGCCGCCGCCGCCGCCUCGGACUCGAGAGGACGGUUGCAGAUCUUCGCCGACAUCUCGGCGAUUGCCUCGCCGGCGUUUGAGGGCCGCAAGGGCGAAGACAUCACCUGCCAGUUGGAGGCACUCUUUGCCGAGUUCCUGCCCGACUACCUCGACCUGGAGAAGCUGGUCAUCGUGCCCCAAAAGUCCUACUUCGCCAUGCACAUUGACAUUGUCAUCCUCGAGUGCUCGUCCUUUGCUUCGCUCGUCGACGUCACCUCCAUCGCCAUCAAGACGGCACUUUACGAUGUCAAAAUUCCCCACACUGUUGUCCUGAGUGUGGAGCACAAUGAGUUCCAGGUUAGCGAGGACAGCUUCCAAGCGACCUCCCUGGACGCCUCAAAGGUGCCCCUCGUCACCUCCUACACCAAGGUCGCCUCCAAGUUCAUCGUCGAUCCAACGUGGGAGGAGGAGCAGGCCAGCGUCGGCACCGUCUCCAUUGCCUUCUUCCCUCCCGACGAGAUUGUCCGCAUAAAGAAGCUCCGCGUGGGCUCCAUCAGCUCAGAGGCCUUUCCCGACCUGUACCAGCUGGCAACCAAGUUCGGCCUGGAGCUCGCCGAAAAGUUUACCGCGAAGAUGAGCGAGCAGAACAGUCGGCUGAAGACCAACGGCAAAAUUACCUUUUCGUUGAACUGA